AUGAAAGUACUAUACCCCACCUCGCAUCAUAUACCCAGUCUUCCGGACGUGCAUCUGUCUCUCAAAAUCGCCCGUCAUUCUCGCUGCUCUUCUUGCUCGACAUGUCCUGGUCUACACCCUCCCCCUGGCUGGCGCGUGUUCUCGGACAUCCCAGACGGGAACGAGUCGGACGACGACGACGAACCGCCACCGACGAGGUACCUGGACCGCUGUGCAUGUGGACACGGAGCAAACGCGCACGGCGCGGACGCCUCAAACCUGGGUCAUGAGGAAUUCUCGCGGAGAGCAAGGGUCGCUGUCCGGUUGGACGAGCUAUUAGAGGACUCCGGGAGACUCCUCGAUUUCGAGUACUCGGAUGAGGACAUCGACUCUCUACGGAAGCAGCUCGUCCCCUUUGAGCCA